AACACAGCAGCUCAGUGUUUUACUGAGUACUGUAUAGAUUAGAGAUGUCUCAGAGUGAUUAUGAUGAUCUGAUCUGCUUUGAGAAGCUGAACAGAGCAGAUCAAGACGAGAUGGUGGUGGUUGUGUAUGAAUGUGUAGAUCCUGUUAGAGGCUGUGACCCCAACUCAGAGAUGGACGAUACCAAUGCAAAGAGAAUCCUACAGACAGAGAGCAACACAUUAGGAAGCAGAAACCACAGACUGGCUGCAGUGCGUCUGGGGCUGCUGUGUGUUCUCCUGCUGACUGCCAUCACAUUGCCAUGGUUCAUGUUCACUGCAGAGAGAGACAACUUACAGACCAGUUACACCAAAAUGACUACAGACAGAGACCAGUUACAGAAAGAGAGAGAUGGAUUGGAGAGGAAGCUUUCUGAACUGGAGAGAAUCAUCAGCCAACAAGAAUGGAUCUUCUUCAACUCCAGUCUUUACCACAUCUCUACUAAGGAGAAGAGCUGGGAUGAGAGCAGACAGUUCUGCAGAGAGAGAGGAGCAGACCUGCUGAUCAUAAACAGCAGAGAAGAACAGGACUUUAUUUAUAAGUUCAGAAGAGGUCAGUGGGCUUGGAUUGGUCUGACUUACAAAGACAGAGAGAGGGUCUGGAGAUGGGUGGACAGCUCAGCACUGACGACUGGGUUCUGGAGUCGUGGGGAAGCAACUGGUUCAGGACUUUGUGUUGUAACUGGCUAUGGGCCUGAUGCUGUACUGAACUGGAAUAAUUAUUACUGUGAGAGAGAGUAUAUUUGGAUCUGUGAGAAGAGAGUAUUUACUUAACUGCUGUAUGUGAGUGAAAGACUUUUUUUUUUUUAAUUCCUUCUCUUUUAAUUAACAUCUGAGUUCUGACUAUAUCUUUUGAUUUGUACUGCAAAAAAAAAAAGAUUGUUUCUUUGAUUUAGUGUUGUGGCUGAAUUUAAGAAACAUUUGAUCUGACAAUCUAAAAUGAGUAAAAAUUAGCAUAUGAAUCUUGUUUUAAGCAUUUUCUUAGAAACUCAGAUACAAAUCUUGAAACGAGGAGGCAUGAACAAGCUGCAAACUCAUUACAACAGAAACUUUACCUUUAAAUCUUCACAAACAUCUUUUAUUUGUUCUUAAGGCUUAAAUUAAUGCUGUAAUAAUUACUUAAAAUAAAAAACUUGGCAAGCCAGAAAAUGAUGAAAAAAAGAUCUUUUUUUCCAUUUCAAGAUGAAUAUACUAGAGUAGAUUUCUAGGUGUAAGAUGUCAAUCGGUUGUGCUUUACAGAUUAGUAAUAAGUGGGUAAUAAUAUGGUAAUAUUAUUGUAACAAGUUGUACUUACCAAAAAAAUGACAUACUAAUUUUCAACUUGUUACUAAAUGAUAAUUUACUGAUGGUAAUGGUGACAAGUUGGCAAU